AUUGUGAAAUAUGUCCAGAGCGGAAGCUGGCAGUGAUCAUCCGCAGCUUAGUCUCAGUGAGUGAGAGCCAGGUGUGAACAUGUUACCUUUAUCAAUUAAAGACGACGAGUACAAACCGGCCAAGUUUAACCUGCUGGUGAAGCUCUCAGGAUGGUUCAGGUCCAUUCUCGCCGAUAAAACCUCCAGGAAUCUGUUUUUCUUCCUCUGUCUCAAUCUGUCGUUCGCUUUUGUGGAGUUGAUGUACGGUAUCUGGAGUAACAGUUUAGGUCUGAUCUCAGACUCCUUCCACAUGUUCUUUGACUGCACUGCCCUGCUGGCAGGUCUGGCAGCCUCCGUCAUCUCCAGGUGGAGAUCCAACGACAGCUUCUCCUACGGCUAUGUGAGAGCAGAGGUUCUGGCAGGCUUUGUCAAUGGACUCUUCCUCAUCUUCACUGCUUUCUUCAUCUUCUCUGAAGGAGUUGAGAGAGCGCUGGAGCCUCCUGAUGUCCACCAUGAGCGGCUGCUUCCAGUCUCUGUGGCCGGUCUGCUGGUGAACCUGGUCGGGAUCUUUGUGUUCCAGCAUGGAGGACAUGGACACUCACACGGAGAGGGAGGUCAUGGCCACAGUCACUCUCUGUUUAACGGGAGCCUGAAUCACGGCCACAGUCACGGAGGACAUGACCACCACAACAAACAUGCUGACCGGCACAGUCAUGGAGGGCAUGGACACAGUCAUGACAGUCAUGGACACGGACACAGUCAUGGUGGACACGGACACAGCCAUGAGGAACCACACUGUCAUGAUGAGCUGCUGCAUACACCAGGAAAAGGUGCCAGUAAACAGAUUCUGCAGGGCGUCCUUCUGCACAUCAUCGCCGACACUCUGGGCAGUAUCGGCGUGAUCAUCUCCGCCCUGCUGAUGCAGAAAUACGAGCUGAUGAUCGCUGAUCCCAUCUGCUCUAUGCUGAUUGCCCUCCUGAUUGGAGUCAGCGUGGUGCCAUUACUGAAGGAGUCCAUCGGGAUCCUGAUGCAGAGAACUCCACCUUCACUUGACCAGGCCCUACCAGAGUGCUACCAGAGGGUGCAGCAGCUGCAGGGAGUGUACAACCUGCAGGAGCCUCACUUCUGGACUCUGUGUACUGACGUCUACAUUGGAACAUUAAAGCUGCUGGUCGCCCCCGAUGCUGACACCCGCUGGAUUCUGAGCCAGACACACAACAUCUUCACACAGGCAGGAGUUCGACAGUUGUACGUUCAGAUCGAUACGGCCGCCAUGUAGAAGCUCCUCCUCCUUCAUACCUGGGACCAAUCACACUCUGUCUGCAGCUGCAGGUGACUUCUUACCCCCCCCACCUCCAGUCACUACAGGACAGACUGAGACAGGGGGAGAGGGGCACACUGAGAACUGAUGAACUCAAACAGCCCUGCCCCCCUUUUCUUUUCUUUUUUUCCCCUCCUUUUUGUAAAAUACAUAUCUGUCCAUGUGGGUGGGCAGCGUGCCUCCCCCUGCACUUUGUAGACUGGCGAAAAGUAUUCUGGGUAAGUGCCUUCAUCAUCAGAGACAAUCUGAGCCCCUCCUGCCACCACUGGUGGAACCUGCUGAUUGGUCCACAGUGAGUGUGACGUCUCUGUGCUUUUAUUGUGCCAAACCAUGUGACUGGUCGGUGGGAUUCAGUAUUUUUUAGCAGUAAUAAAUAAUUCUGUUUCUCUGA